AUGUUCUGUGGAGUCUCUGCCGAAACCUCCAACCAGCACGUGGAGCUAAGAGAGUCACGCGUCAACCCCAAACAACUGUUUCACGGAUUGCUAUGUGUUGUGCGUGACGAUGAUGGCCUCAAGGAGUACUUGAGAUAUGAACUUGCAGCAAAACCUCCAGCGCUGUUUGACGGGACGUUGGUGCGUAACGGCACUAAGUCUGGAUUGAUAGAUGCUUUAGAAGAAAUAGCGCCGCCUGUGAACAACUUUUUAGUGAGCACAGAGUAUACAGUCGAUGGCGGGUUCCUUUUACAGAGGGUUGCGUGGGCGCGUCCAGCAAAUUUCAGCCAAAUCUGCCUCCACUAUGUGAGGUACGUGAAAAAUCACUUGGGGCAAAAAGCUAAUGUGGUUUUCGACGAUUACGAAUCUCCAAGCACCAAGGACGAAGAACAUACAAAAAGAAACGCCACAGGAGCAUCGACAAAGAUUUUAAUCGACGAUGGUUUGCCCUAA